AUGCUUUCUCAAAGGGGUCGGAUCAAUGCCCAGUCUUCGAUUCUGGAUGGCUACAAACGUGGAAAGAACAAUUACCAAAAAGAUUCCAACCCCAAUGGUGUGGUUAGCUUUUCUAAUGCUGAGAACUUUCUUAUGCAUCAAUAUGUCUCUACUUUCGUGAACAAAGGUCUGUCAAUAGAUCAAGCCAGCCUAACGUACAAUGAGGGGCCAAUUGGUAACCUAAGAUUGCGAAUUGCAAUGGCUACUCACAUAAAUGCUACUUUCCACCCCGAUAAAGACGUCACAGAAGAGCAUGUGACUUUUGCCGCUGGGGUCACAGCAUUGAAUGAAGCAUGCGCUAUCAAUCUGGUCAAUGAAGGAGAGGCACUAUUGCUAGGGAUGCCCAUCUAUGGGUCCUUCUACAAUGACCUUACAAUGACAACAAAAUGCAAGAUCGUCUAUGCCCCCUUCCGAGGUACUGACCAAUUUUCAAUUGGUGCUGCGACACAGUACGAGCAUGCAUUACUUGAUGCUGCUAAUAAAGGCAUAAAGAUCAAAGCGCUAAUAAUUUGCAACCCACAUAAUCCACUUGGUUCAUGUUAUACUAUCGCCUGCCUGAAAGAGCUCUUCGUCUUCUGUGAGAAGUACCAGCUUCAUCUUAUUAGUGAUGAAGUCUAUGCUCUCUCUGUUUUUGGGGCUAGUGGCACGCAGUUUACUUCUUUAUUAUCUGUUGACCCUACUGGGUUGCUUGAUAGUGAUAGGAUUCACGUUCUCUACGGGCUUUCUAAGGACUUUGGAGCUGCGGGUUUACGUCUUGGGUGUCUUAUAACUUACAAUACACAAUUAUCGAACGCGACGCGCAAUAUAGGUCGUUUCCACUGGCCUUCAGAGAUUUCGUGUGUAAUUGCGAUCAAAAUUCUUGAGGACAGGUGUUUUACUACAGAAUAUGUAUCUAAAAGUCAUAUAUUACUCAAUGAGCAGUACAUUUUAGCCACCCAAAUCCUGAAACGAGCUGGAAUAUCUUACUACGAUACAGGGAAUUCUGGGUUCUUUUUAUGGAUAGAUCUAUCUCCAUUCUUAGAAAAUCAAGACAUGGAUAAUAAGGGCUUAUGGGAAGCAGAAAAGAUGCUGUCAAGCAAGCUUCUGAAGGCAGGUGUUGAAAUGUCAACUGGGUUUGCAUAUCACAAUGAGAAACCAGGCUGGUUUCGCAUCAUAUUUUCAGUUGAGAGGGAAGUUCUUGAGGAAGGAUUGCGAAGGAUUAUAAAGACCGUGAAAUGA